GGUUUUGUGUGGCUCUGGUCCAGCUUUUCCCUCCAUCCUUCAACCAUGACGGAUUUCGCACAGAGAUUGCACCAGCGGGAAGGACAAUUUCGAGAACUCAACGCUCGAAUUCAGGAACUGCAAUGGGUCGACAGCCAGUACCGAAAAGCCAGCGCUGAAAAAGACCGGCUGACCAAAGUGGUGGAGAAACUCAACAAAGACCUUGAGGAGCUCAAAAAGAUAACGUAGGUAACGGUUUGAUGCCACUCGCAACAUCUUUUUUUCUGCUAAUGCGUUGGAUAGUCGGAAGGAAUACGAAGAUACUCGCAAGAUGAAGCGAGUGAGUUUCAAGAGUGUGAAGGCUUCGAUGACCGGCAAAAUGAAAGCCACCGCUGCCAAGGAAGAACAAGAAUACCAUAUGGCUUUUGAACGAGAAAAGGCCUGUGCAUUGCAAGUUGAACGCCUCACGGAAGAACUCAACCAAGCCCUCAUGCUUAGAGAUCGUACACAAGUAUCGAAAGACGAAAUUGAGCGCCUGAGGGAUUCUUUGAACCAGUUAUAUGAAGAUAUAUUUGAUGGGUAUCAUGCUCAAUUCCGAGCAGAAGAGAAAUUGUCAACUGAUUACGCUAACUUGAAUCAGCAGUAUCAAACGGCUGCGCGGGACUUGCAACGAUUUCGCCGCUGUAGUUCAUAUGACAUGUUCACCCGUGAACCAGUGCUGGAUAUGAUGGAGUAUCAAGCUCUUACCCACGCAAGGUCAAUAUCCAUGAUGGCUCAACAACAUCUGGAUGCAGCUCGCACACAGGUUCCUGAAAUACCUCAUCCUGGAUCGCUCAAUGUUAUCCAAGGCAAUUACUUAAUUAACAUGAUGUUUGACAACGUGGUUAUGGAUAUGAUCAUGCAAGCACAAAUUCAACAGACUUAUCAAAUGCUCACCGUGACCGGUACUAACUUGGGUAGAGCCUUAUCGUGGGUUCGCCAAUACAUUCGGUAUAUCGAGGGGUGUCAUCACACCACCCGUUGCACCACCGACCAAUCCAAAUCGAGAUCAUUUGGAAUUACCGCACACCGAGUACGAUUCUUCUUCCAUAGCGUCCGGGUCACCACGAGUUGAAUAUGCAGAGCCACUACCUUCCAGUCUUCCACCUUCUGGUGGAAACACUGGCAAUCUCAUUGACCUUGACCCUGUCCCAUCCUACACAGCAAAUACUAACAAUAAUCCUUUUCGGCAAUGAAAUGAAUGGUGAUGAAUAUCAAGCAUACUCCUGUAACCAACCGUUUCGGCUCCUUGGGUGCAAGCCUUCACUGUCGCUAUUUACCAUGGCUAUAAAAAUAUAAAUGUCAUCUAUAAACAAUGAUGCUAAUCACCCUUUCUUUUUUUUUAAAAAAAAAAAAAUUGGUUUGGGCAAAAUAUGAAGUUUCGCGUGGAGCAGGCCAUUGGUGGCUUAGACUGUCGCUGUUGCGGGGGGGGGACAGCUUCGGU